UACAACCAAUGCGGCUGCUACAAGGAAAGCAUUAAUACGUAUCGAUAUAGUCAGAUGUAUCUAAAGAUUCGGGCUCGACAAAUAUCUACCGGGUACUUAAGUAAACCAACUGUGACUACACCCCGGACGCAGUAGAGUGGCCUCGUCCCUGACAGUAUGAAAAGGAUGACGAGAUGUACUGCCCCGGGAGUCUAACUUAGACGAGUUCGCGCAAGUAGAUUGUUCGGCAGUUUUCGCAACCCUCAUGGUGGUGUCAUCAAGUCCACGCCGAUGACCUGCAAGAAGAACUGCUUGAUAAUAUGUCGGCACAUUCGACUUCUACUGUUUGCGUCCAGUGAAAUGCACCUUGAUAGUGUUACUGUGGCAUUUCACCGACACAGAUAUUACGUUCGCAUUCAAAUAAACUACAAGUCUUCUUCGUCUUCAUCGUCCUUAGCAUUCGCUCUGCACUUUGAUCUGUUAUUCUCCAGGAAACUUCCCUCCGCUAAAGCGGGAUGAACGUCUUUGAGUGCAACAACGGUUAGGCGCCAGUUGAGUUCAUUUGCCUGGUGAAUUCGUCCUCGGUCGGAGGUAGAGUCCAUCGCAAGCUACUCAUUAUUCUCAAGUGCUUGCCCUGUCGUAUAGGACGAAGCAAUCUAGUGUUAAGCCGUAGAGUGUCUUGCUCAAGGACACAAAGAUCUCUCUUAUGUCGUAAAGUUGAUUAAGCAGACAACAGGGGGCGGUGUAUUAUGUAAUCACUCGUCACCCCUUCCAUUUGCCACAUCAACUGCGAAUAUACCAAGUCAAAUUAGUUACGCAUGAGGGUUGGUUCAUUUGGGCAAACUCGAUGUUACAUUCCAUGCGAUAUUUAGUAUCACAUUUGCCGAGUUUUGAAAACUUUCCCUGGUUGCUGGUCGGCCGAGUGUCCUUCGGCUUGACAGACAUCUCUUUCCGUUCAUCUCAUCACACGUCAGCUCCUUGAACGUAGAACGGCUUUUCACCUACUUGACCUAACCCAGGCCGAGAUGAAAAAUAGUUUUCUCAAAUAAACACAAUGACUAAUGGCUCCGAAAUCGACGGCGACUCAAUCACAACGAUUGAUUACGCGAUGUCAAUGAUUUGAUACGCAAUGUCAACAAUAGAAUACGCAGCGUCAACGAUUGGAUACGCAAUGUCAAUGAUUGGAUACGCAGUGUCAACAGUUGGAGACGCAGUGCCAACAGCUGAAUACCCAAUGUCAACGAUUGGUGUUCAUAAGUCUAGAACUGAUGACGUCAUUGUCGGUCUUCAGAAAGCCACCGCAUUGUUUCAGGCCUACAUCCUGCCCGUCAUCGUCUGCGCGGGGAUUUUCGGCAAUGUUCUCUCUGUCGUGAUAUUCACAAUAAACAAGAAGCGAGACACGGUCUCCGCUCAAUAUCUGCGGGUUCUUGCUGUGACCGACUCGGGAAUGUUACUUUUGAGCGGUCUCCGGGCGUUCAUUAAGUGGGGCAUCCCUUACGCCAGCGGGGGUCAUCGGGAGUUUGACCAAAUGGGAUUCGAUUUAAUGCUCAAAUUCGCAGCCGCGUGUAAGAUAUUUCGCUAUUUAGAACACGUGUGCAUCUUCCUUUCCUCGAUGUUGAUAGUGGUGUUUUCAAUCGAGAGAGUUUUCGCUGUUUGGAUGCCGCUGGAAAUGUCGACUAUCUUCACGGCCAAGCGGCGCUUUAAGGCCAUUGCUGCCUUGGUCGUAGUUGGAAGUCUCACGAAGUUGCACAUCCUCGCGAACUUCAACGCGAACGAUAGAGAUGGAUACAGUACAUGUUGGUACCAGUUAGAUAUGGAAGGAAGUUUAAAAAUAUCACUAGGAAUUUAUGACAUGGUUUCCAACCAGAUUAUCCCCUGUUUUUUAAUUUUCACUCUUAAUAUCAUUAUUGCUGUCGGAAUCAGAAAAUCUAAUUCGAAUGUUAAAUUAGGAACACUGGAGGAGGAGCGACGUAGUAAACGCGAUAUGCGGUGUAUUGUCAACCUCUUGUGCGUCUCAACUGCCUAUUUCAUAUUCACAACACCAAGAUCCGUCUUGUGGCUUUAUACGGACAUUGUCACUUUCAUCGUAGCCAAGAGCGACUCAAGUAUAACGAGAAAGUAUAUGAGUGACAUGUAUCAAAUUUCACUCUUUGGCGAUAAUUUGACUAUGUUAAAUUAUGGCUGUAACUUUAUCAUAUAUGGCGUGUCCCUGAAUUAUUAUCGAGAAACAAUGAAUACUAUUCUGAUGUGUCGGCGAAGUCGGAAGAAGGCGUAGUAACCGUCGGCCCACACGAGGCUCGGUCACAGCAGAGUCUUUCAAAUAAAAGACUCUGGUCAAAGCAUCAAACCUCUCCUGUAUUAGGACGACCUAAUUAGCAUAAUGAUUUAUCCAACCCAAAGACCCAAUUCAGAGUAAUCUGAUUGGCUCUUUCAAACGACAACAUGAGUGAGCACCAGAACUAAGGCAGAAUACAAAAGAAGUGCAGAUAUUUCACAUAUUAAAUCAUUGUUGACAAGCGUUAUUGGAAGUAUAUCUGUUUGAAAUAUCAGAAUACAUGCCGUGGCACCAUUUUGAAUGCUUUACAUUGUUGAUAUUGAGUAGGCCUAUACAGUGAAGCAGUAUACAAAUCGCUUUACAUCACGAGAUGCGAUUUAUCCAAUCGAUUGCUCAGGUAAAUAUCCAUCCGCCAGCAACAUGUCACUGAGCAACCUUCGUACCGCCGAGCAGUCUCCGAGCAUAAGUUAGGACCCAUGCCGAUCUAUCGGCGUUGCGCGGCCGUUUCUCUCCGAGACUUUGAUUUGACGCCAACGCCGAUAAAUCUACAUGAGGUUGCCAAGUGGGCGCAGUUAGACAAGGAUCUAACAUAGCAGCUCACCCUCUGUGCCCGUAGUUGCGGCAAGUGCCACCAGGGGCAUGAUCUAGGGGUCAUUGCGCACGCGUAUGAUAUAAACGUACAUCUUUACAGAUGGGGAUCAUCUCUUACAGCAUACAUGAUUAUUUCGUACUUUCUCUGAUUCAAUAGAGUCUUCAUAUAUCAAGGAUAUCUUCAUUUCUUUCCAGCAAUGUAAAGAUUGGUCGCGAUCGGACGUUGCUGUCCGGAUAUUUUGAUGUACAAGUCUCGGCCUGCAUCUCUGGAAGCUUUAACCCUAAGUGAACCACGCGUUGCCUGCAGAGUAUUCUGAGUUAUGCAUCGUAUUUGGUUUCACACUGAGAGUAAUUCAGUAGACGAUCCAAUGGCACGACACGAACGAUAAAAGGCAUUCUUGUCCGUCGUACCUUUUCGUAAAGUUGACAGGGACAGGGACCUAUUCAAGGUUGUAGAUCGGUUGAUAGGAAAAUUGCCCACUGUUACUCUUCCAGAGCAUCAGGAUUCAGAAGAUCUGGCUGAGCAGUUCAGCAGCUUCUUCAUGGGGAAGGUUAGCAAGAUCCGUGAGAACAUGGAUGCUUCUACAGAGGAAACCAUCAUGGACAAUUCGAAUGAUGAUGCAGGUAAUAUACCCGCAUUCGAAAUAUUCACACCUGUGACUGUAGAUCACAUUCGUAAACUUAUCACGUCGCUCCCAGCAAAGGGGUGCAGCCUUGACCCCAUUCCACCAUGGUUGCUGAAGCGCUGUUAGGAAUCUCUCCUCCCAGCCAUUACCCUGAUCGUUAACAAGUCGCUCGAGAGUGGCCAUGUUCCAUCAUCACUUAUAUUUGCCCAAGUGAAGCCACUCUUGAAGAAACCAUCACUCGACAAAAACAUUCUUGCCAACUACCGACCGAUUUCAAAUCUUUCGUUUAUCUCUAAAUUGAUUGAGCGUGCUGUGGCAUCGCAACUGAAAGAGCACAUGUCCACCUACGAGUUGUUUGACACUAAUCAGUCAGCAUAUCGGCAGUGUCACAGUACUGAAACUGUGAUGCUCAAGGUUACAGAUGACAUUCUCACUGGUCUUGAUAUUGGUAAG